UAUUCAAAUUCAUUUGAGAGGGAGAGAAGGAGAGACCGAGAGAGAUCUAAAAGUUUUUAGAUGGAAAUGGUGGGAGGAGUGAGAGGAGAGAGAAUGGAGAUUUAGCUGGAGGUAGUGUAUAUUUUGGGAAGGGCGGAGAAAAUGGGAAGUCUUGAAGCCGCCCGAUGAGAUAAAGAUUGGAUUUUUAUUUUUGUUGUUAUUAUUAUUAUUGUUACUGGUUUGGGUUCUUCUUGUUGUUGGAUUCUUGGAUCCAAAGCACUGUUGAUUUCUCCUUGCGUUGUCGGAAGUCGGACAAGAAUUAUGGGGAAAUUUGAGUUUUAAAUCGAAUUUCGAGGGUUGCAAUCACUGCAUUGCCUCGAUUUCGUUGGAUUUGAUCUCAAAUAGCUCGAUUUCUUGGAAAGCGGAUCGAAUUCCCGUGGAAUUGGACCACUUUUUUUUUUUUCUCGCUCUUCUUUUCUUGUUAAUCGUCUUGUUCCUCGCUUUUAACGUUUUAAUCUCGUUUUUCCGAUCAAAAUGAUCUGAUUUUUCGUGAAAACAGCUGAAAUUGACGAUUUUUAUUCCAUCUUGUGAUCUCACAUCACAAAUCCGAGCUUCGAAUUCUUAGAUUUAAGAAAGAGAUCAAAAGAAAGGGGGAAAAGUUUUCUUUUUUUAUGGUUUUCGAUCCAAUCCCUUGAAAAAAAAAACCCAUUUUCUCUGUUUCAAUUGGAGAAGAAGCUCAAAAUGUCAUUUAAAAGUAUAGUUCGCGAACUGAAGGAGAUGCGGGACGGGUUCGGGAGCAUGUCGAGGCGCAGCAGCGCGGCGGAGGGCCGCGUUGGGCCGAGCCGCAGUGGCGCCCGUCUCCAUUGGCACCAAGCUCGGCACCAGCGGCAUGCGCCAUGGGACGAUGUGCAGGAGAGCCGUUGGGCUAGCUUGCCGCCCGAGCUACUGCUCGACGUGAUCCAACGCAUCGAGGCCAGUGAACUCUCAUGGCCCGCUCGCCGCUACGUCGUCUCCUGCGCCUCCGUCUGCCGCUCUUGGCGCCAUAUCACCAAAGAGAUCGUCCAAACGCCAGAGCAGUGCGGCCGCAUGACAUUCCCCAUUUCUCUCAAGCAGCCUGGACCAAGGGAUUCACCAAUCCAAUGCUUUAUCAGAAGAGAGAGGGCCACUGCUACGUAUCGUUUGUAUUUGGGGCUUAGUCCUGCUCUGCAGGGAGAGAAUGAUAAGCUUCUCCUUGCAGCUCGCAAAGUGAGGAGAGCAACGAGCACUGAGUUUGUGAUCUCAUUGUCCUCUGAUGAUUUCUCUCGAGCUAGUAGCACAUAUAUUGGAAAACUGAGGUCAAACUUUCUAGGUACCAAGUUCACCGUUUAUGAUAGCCAGCCUCAGCAUGAUGCUCCCAUGGUGUCAACCAAUCGUUCAAGCCGAAGGAUUCACUCUAAGCAGGUAUCUCCCAGAGUACCAGCAGGCAACUACAAUGUUACCACCAUUGCAUAUGAGUUGAAUGUUCUUCGCACCAGAGGACCGAGGAGAAUGCAAUGUACUAUGCAUUCUAUACCUGUCUCAUCCAUCCAGGAAGGAGGAACUGCCCCGACUCCAACCGCAUUCAUUAACUCACUUGAUGAGCAUUUCUCUUCGCUAGCUGUGUCUAAAGGCAAAGAUCCAAUUAUAGAAUUCUCGUCUACAACCCUUGGUGAGCCACCAGUGCCUGUUCAAACAUCGGGUGAACCUCUUGUUCUGAAGAACAAGGCCCCAAGAUGGCAUGAACAGCUGCAAUGCUGGUGCCUUAAUUUCAGAGGCCGAGUUACAGUGGCUUCUGUCAAAAAUUUCCAACUCGUAGCAGCGGUUGAUGCCUCGCAUCAAGUCCCUCCUGCAGAGCAGGAAAAGGUUAUACUUCAGUUUGGGAAAAUAGGGAAGGACAUCUUUACCAUGGAUUAUCGAUAUCCAUUAUCUGCAUUUCAGGCAUUCACUAUAUGUUUGAGUAGCUUUGAUACUAAGCCAGCUUGUGAAUAAACAAUGCAAGGAACAGCCUCUUGAUCUUCUUCUUUUGCAAUGUUUUGGUUCUAUCAAAAGCUGAUGUAUAGAUUUAUUCUCCAUGAAAUGAUCUCAACUCACCAGCAAUUGUCAUUUUGAAAUGCAUUUUCAGGUAACUAUGUAUCUCUUUAUUGUUGUAACUGAUCUAUGAUCAUGCUGAGAUUCGAUCAAUUCCAUCCCUGUUGAUUCCAUCGAUGACAAAUUUGAUUUAUCGUGUUCAUGUUAUAACCAAAUUGUUGAUAUCAUUUGCGGAAACUUGAAAUCGGCUCUUGUAUGUGC